UUUCCUCUUUCUUGUUGAGAGCGCCAAAUUCGCAAGACAAAAUUGACUUGGGACAAAGGCAAUUUUGCCCUCACCAGCUUUGUUUUGUUGUUUUUGUGCGCCACAAAGCAAGCCAGCAAAGCACUGCGCGUCGAGCAGCCUGCGUUUGACCUCUCUGGUGUGAAAUGGCGGAUCCCAAGCAUUUGCUGGACGCCCACGUCGUCCAACCCAUGAUGCGCAAGAAGGGCCCUCGCUAUGAUCGCAGGCUCUCUAUCACGCUGGUGCAAUGGAAUGCCAAAGGCUUGGAGCGGAGGUGCCAGGCAAAGGGAACAUCAUGGUGUGCCAGCGCACGCGUUGACGGCCACGAAGUUGCACGAACACAACCGCUGGAGGAGCUCAAGCCGUACUGGGAUCAAUCGUUCCAAGUGGUCAUCCCCGAAGAUUUGUCGCUCGUAUCGGUGUAUCUGCACGAAAUCACCAAAGCAGCAGACGUCCCCAUCGCCAAGGUGGACAUUCCCAAGCAGAAGCUGCAGGAGAAGACGAUGAUUGAUGACUGGUUUCCGCUGCGGGCGACGUCUGAGGAGACGGACAUCACGGGGCGCAUCAACGUCGAUGUGGAGAUUGAACAGCACCCAGCCGGGCAGUGGAACGCAAAAGUUGUCGUUGUUGAGGGCGCUGGGUUUUCGCACACAGGUCUCUUUGUCCGUGUCACGCUGGAACAAAACGCCGUCAGUGGAGAAUCCUUCCACCUCCCCGAAACCGCACACAUCAACGCAGAGACUGUCAGGCGCUCCAAGGUGUUUCGGCGGGAAAUGGACCCCAUGUGGUGCGAAUCGUUUGACUUCAGAUCGCCCACAGCACUCGUCACAACAAAACUUGUGGAUGGGAAGUUGCAAUGGGCGCGUGGCAUUUCGCCCGUUGUGCGUCUCUCCGCGUGGCGCGAAGACGCGGACGGCAAGACGGUGUUCUGCGGCGCAACCGUCAUCCCAAUCACGGAGAAACACCUGGUAAAGUUUGAGUUCUCUGAGCUGGCGCUGCUGGAGCCUCAACAAUACAAACCACUGGAAGACAUGCUGAUGCAAUGUUUGGAGUGCGAUGAUAUUAUGCAAUCGCCAGUUGGGCUCCUGUCAAACGCAAUUCGAAACAAGGAGCUGCUAGCGCGCCACCUCCUCCACUUCUAUCUCAACAAACAGCACGCGUUUACGUUCAUUGCCAAGUUGGUGGACAGCGAGGUGGCGGCGUGCAAGGAGUCGCCAACCCUCUUCCGUGGCAACACGCUCACGACAAAGGUCAUCGACACAUACAUGAAGCUCUUUGGAAAGGAGUUGCUGAUUGUGUCGCUGGGACCGGUUGUCCUGGCAAAAGUAAUUCGUCAGCACCUCGAACUGGAAAUCAACCCCGCCGUCCUCUCAAAUCCGGUGAAACUCAAGGAAAACGCGACGCAGCUGGAGGAACUCGUGGACGAGGUUGUGCGGCUGCUGCUGGAUAACGUGGCAUACUGCCCGCCCAACUUGCAGCACGUCUUCCACUACAUCGCACAGGCGGCAACAGAACGCUUCACAGGUGUACGUCGCACCCUGGUCCUCAUCUCGAAGGCCAUCCAGACUCUCGGCAACCUCGGCGGUGACAGGAUGGUCAAAGAGGAUUUUAUGCGCGAUCUCCUUUCCAAUGUCGACGCCGCGCACAGAAACAGAAUCAGAAUCUUCCUCGACAAAAUCUCCUGCAAGCCUUCAACGUCGCCCAAUGCGGUGCCGCCGGCGUAUGCUGCCGUCGACAUUCCUGACGACGACCGGGUCAUCAAGGAGGGAUUCCUCAUCAAGCGUGGGCAGGGGCGCAAGGUUGCGUCGGUGAUGGGAAUGUCUGUCAACGGUCUCAAGAACAUGAAGCGACGCUACUUCCGCCUCUCCCCAGUGUAUCUCUCGUACCACAAGUCCCAAGAUGAGCCUGCGAUUGACCGCAUUGCAAAGAGCGACAUCAUUGGUGUCGAACGCGUCGAUGCAGACGUCCUCGGAUACCCGCACGCAUUUCAAAUCAUGCGACAUGAUGCAAUCCUUUACCUUGUCGCCGAAAGCGCUUUUGAGCUUCAAGAAUGGCUGACGACGUUGAAGGAGUUUUGCUCUUCGAACCGCAACUUGGCGAGCGCGUACCACCCCGGCGUCCUCACGAGCAAGAACAUCUGGUCGUGCUGCAGAGCAUCCGCUGACACAGGCGGCUGCCACCCAUGCGUCAAGGUGCAAUCGUCCAAGUACCCGCGUGUGAAGAAGGGCCUGUGGGAAGACCCGCUCACCUGUCAGGAGCAAAUCUAUCAGUUUAUGAAUACGAGCUUGGAGAAAGCAAAGGAAGAACCUGACGUGUUGCCCGAAGCACAGCGGGAGGCAGCAGCCGUGUGUACCGCGCUCGCAACAGCACACCAACAGAAACAACGUCCAAAGUCUCGGCCGGGCAGCAAGUACAACCCGAUUGGCUUUUGA